UCUUUCAUCUCCCAGCAUGCACAGCGCUGGUUCACUUUGGUUUUGGGGGGCGGGGCUCCAGACUUCCUCUUCAGAGCCCGGGCCAAUCAGCGUGCCAGGACUCCAGGAUUCCUCAACGCUCCAUGGCGGCGCAUUUCCCGUCAUCCUUUUCACGGCGCUGCUGUUUAAAAUCGGCGAAUGCUAACAAUGGAGGACGGUGCCUUUCAGGUGCCUCCGGGAUUCGAGCUGUUCCUGAAAGAGGGCCGUGUCGCCACCUUCUCCCAAUGGCCCUUCGUCUCAGACUGCUCCUGCACGCCGGACCGGAUGGCAGAGGCUGGAUUCAUUCACUGUCCAGCUGAGAAUGCACCUGAUGUGGCUGAGUGUUUUGUAUGCUUUAAGGAGCUGGAAGGCUGGGAGCCUGAUGAUGACCCAAUGAAAGAACACCAGAAGCACUCCCCCAACUGUGCAUUUCUUACUUUCCAAAAAGAUGUGGCUGACUUAACAGUGCAAGAGUUUUUGAGACUUUGUAAAGAAAGAAUGAUCAAUAUGGUUAAAAAGCAAGUAAACCAGAAAAUCAAUGAGAUGGAAAAAUACGCUGCUAACAUUCGCAAUGAAAUCAUCUCCCUACGGUUGUAAAGUGUUUUCUGUGCCUUCUGGCGCUGUGGGUUUGCUCUUUAUUGACUGUCUUGAUGGGGUUGUUUGAGCACCAAAGCCGAAUUGCUGAAAACUUGCAACUCGGUCCAAAUACCUGAAUUUUCUUCAUCCUCUUUCCCCAGUUUUUAAAAUAAAUAUUAUUGAUUUUCAAAUUA